AUGAACACAACUUCGUCAUCGUCAGCAGCGGACAUCGGCGUGGCGGCGUCCCCCUGGCUUCCGCCUGUGAUUACUGCCGUCGCGCCGCGGCGGAGCCCGCACGCUGGGAACGCCAGCGUUCGGCAGAAACCGCGCAGGCUCGUACUAGUACCUACUACUGCUAGUACUACUAGCAGAUGCGAUCUCGCAGAUCUUGUGGUUCCGGUGGACAGCACCUGCGGAGCCAGUUUUGCCGCGGUGACGCCUUCCGCCGCCGCGCGCAGCCCGCACGCGGAAGUUGUUCGGCGGAAAGCCGCGCCGUCGUUCGAGAUGGACGCGGAGUGGCGCGACGAUGCGGCGGCGGCGGCUUCCGCGAAGCCUGCGCUUCGCGGAUGCUCAGCUGCAGAAGGCGCAAGCGUUAAGCAAGGCGGAGGCGACGAGGGCGCAAGAGCAAUCUCAGGCAGCAAAGGCGCAAAGACUCGGAAGUCAGUCGCGGAAAGCAGCGCCCCCCCUGAAAGCAGCGCCACCGCAGAAAGCAGCGCCACCGCCGGUCACUCGCCUGAUGACAGCGCUGGCGCGGACGUCGGCCGGUGUUUCCUCCGCCUCUUGCACAGCGGGCCGCGAGCGGAAGCUCUUACGGGUGUGCGGAAGAUACGCGCCGGAGGUUCCGCCACAAGUGUUCCGCCUGUGCGCGGGGCUUCCGCCGACCGUUUCCGCUUCCUCCGCUCCCGGUCGACGUCGCACUUGGAUGAGAGAAGAGGGGGAGGGGGAGGGGGAGGGGGAGGGGGAGGGGGAGGGGGAGGAGGAGGAAGGGAGCUUUCAUUAUUUGAAGGGGCGGGUGUUGAAGCAGCAGCAACAGCAGCAGCAUCUCAGCAAAAGCAGGAACCCUCUUCUCCUGCCAACAUCUCUUCAGCCUCUCCUCCUCUUGCCGCCGUGGCAUCUUCACCUCGCCAUCCGCCCCAUCCGCCUGUUGAUGCGUCCCAUUCGCCCCAUCCACCCGCGUCGCAUUCACCUCGACUCGCGCCCUCCCCUCGAUCUCGACUGAGCUGUCACCUCGUCCCCUCUCCUCGACUAGCUCGCCUCCUCUUCACCUCCUCACCUCCCCAUCGCGCCCUCGGUCCGCCGCCUUCGCACAAUUGCCGAACCUCUCGCAGGGCAGCAUCGGCGACAGAACGUGACUUUGUGGCUUUCGCGAAUCUCGGAAAUUUCGGAGAUUCCGAGGGAUUCGAGGCGUUCAAGGCCCUCAAAGCUGCAAGCUCUACUAGUAUGCACGGCCAUACUUCAAGUUGCUCCGACUCGUUCUGCCCCACGAGUGCCCGCGCCUCUGCUGCUGACCUUGUCAGAAACGGAACCAUCCGUGGCACUUAUGAUGAAGAGGAGGAUACGCAUGACGGAGUCGUGACUGCGCGGUCAGUGCAGCGCGACGGGGCAGCAAGGGGAGUUGCCGUGGAGGAAAAGGGCGGUGCAUCAAGGGGAGUUGCCGUGGAGGAAAAGGGCAGUGCAUCAAGGGGAGUUGCCGUGGAGGAAAAGGGCGGUGCAUCAAGGGGAGUUGCCGCGGGGGAGCAGUCACAUAGGGAAGAGAUCUGUAGCAAGCAAUCACCUAUGGACGCUCCAAGAUUGUCCGCUGGCAGCACCACAACACCAACUGGCCAACACAACCCUUCCCCAUCCAACGUCCCCAGCCCCCCUUCCAUUACCACUCACCCAAGUCAACCCGACUCCGCAACCUCGUCCUCCAAGUCCCCCUCUCCCCCCUGCCAUUGCCAUCCCCCCACUCUCCCCAGUCCCAACCUCCCCAUCUCCCCUCCCUAUCCCCCUUCCGUCGGCCCAUCCAAGCCCCUGCGAUUCCCCACUCAUUCCCCCAAGCUUUCCCUGUGCAACUCCGUCCUCCAAGUUCCCCCAUCCGGGCCUCCUGCUCUUCCCCCAUCCGGGCCUCCUGCUCUUCCCCCAUCCGGGCCUCCUGCUCUUCCCUCUUCCGAGCCUCUUGCUCUUCCCCCAUCCGGGCCUCCUGCUCUUCCCCCAUCCGGGCCUCCUGCUCUUCCCCCAUCCCGGCCCCCAAGCUCUUCCUCCAUCCGGGCCUCCUGCUCGGUUGACAAUCUUGGGGGGGAGCGGCUUGGUGAAGAGGCAGCAGGGCGGGUAGUGGUCCCAAGCCUGAGGGUUGGCUUUAUCGGAGGAAAAAGGGAUAGCCCCAGCCGCCCUUGCUCUGGUUCUGAGGCGCCUCAAGAAGAGAAUCUGCACUCACACCAGAGAAGAGAGGGAGUUGGCGAUGGUGGGCAAAGAGAAGGAGUUGGUAGUGGUGGUGGGCGAAGAAAAGGAGUUGGCAGUGGUGGUGGGCGAAGAGAAGAUGUGCCCCACGGCUAUUUCUCCUCACUGCUCCACCCUCUCUCUGUCCCAGGCGGUCUGAGAGUGGAGCAAGUUGCACACCAGUUGAUGAGAGUGGGGCAAGAUGCGCAGCAGCUGACAGGGAUGCACCAAGAUGGUCAACACUUGGUCCGGUCGGCAGAUGAGGAGUCCUGGAAGGGUGGGCAGGAGGAGGUCUCUUGA